AUGUCGGUAGUCGACCCAGGGCUUAGGGUUUCGGGUUUCAAGCCCCAUAAGCCCCAAAGACCAUAUAAAGCCUUCACUGCGUUUGCGCGCUGCAGUUCGGACUUGCCGUUCUUCUCUGACCUCACGGACCCUAUUGGAGGCCUAGGCGCGCGCAGCGCCCGCACAGUGUCUCCGUCGGAGUUCCAGCACCAUGAGCGGCUCUUCACGGGGCUUCUGGUGGUGGAGCUUGUCCUCGAGGCAGCAUACCUAGGCUUGAUGCUACACUGCUCGAGGCACUCAGUUCAGGAAGUGGCCUCGGCGUACCAGGCACUGCCUCUGCAGUCGCUAUGGACCUUGUUCUGGGCGCAGCUGGGAUUCCAGCUGGCCUACCUGAAGCUCUACUUUUGCAUGGGCUUCUCUGCGGCGAACAAACACAAGCCGCGCUUGUAUUCAUGGUUCUCGAACAUUGCCCUCACAGGCAUUAUCGUGCAGGUCCUUUUCGCCUACAUGAACAAGGCCAACAUCAUCGUGUUUGCCCUGCGGCUCUUCUGCUACGUCUACGCAAGGUUCAUGAAAGGAAUGCUGCAUCAGCUCGCGCUGCACCCACCGGUUGAGCUUGAUGUUU